AGCUUGUGAGACAUGUGUGCUGCUGAGUGGCUCUUUUGUAACGUUGGGGAAACUUGUUACAAAACGCAAGACAGAGCUCACGUAAUCAGAAAACCCUGCCCUUUUUACCCGUCUAACUGUGCAGACUCUGUGCAUCCCAAAAGUGACUAUGAGCCAUAACUCCAUUCACUGGUUCCGCAAGGGUCUGCGUUUGCAUGAUAAUCCUGCUCUGAUCGCUGCCCUGAAAGACUGUAGACACAUCUACCCCCUCUUCCUGCUGGACCCCUGGUACUCCAACAACACCUGCAUAGGCAUUAAUCGAUGGAGAUUUCUGAUAGAAGCUCUCAGAGACCUGGACUCCAGUCUGAAGAAACUCAACUCCAGGCUGUUUGUUGUCAGUGGGCCGCCCACAGAGGUCCUUCCAAAGCUCUUUGAGAAAUGGAAGAUCACUCGGUUGACUUUCGAGGUUGAUACGGAGCCGUACAGUCAGAGCAGAGACAAGGAAGCCAUGAAGUUAGCCAAGGAAUAUGGUGUGGAAGUUAUUCCAAAGAUUUCUCACACUCUCUACAACAUUGACAGGAUUAUUGAAGAGAACAACGGCAAGCCUCCCAUGACUUACGUUCGCUUCCAAAGUGUGGUGAAGGACAUCGGUCCUCCUAAAAAACCUGUUUCUGCUCCAACCAAAGAGGACAUGAAAGGUGUAUCCACUCCAUCUUCUGAGGACCAUGAAGAGGAGUUUGGGAUUCCAACUCUUGAAGAUCUUGGUCUGGAUACAUCAUCUUUAGGACCAGAGCUGUUCCCGGGGGGUGAACAGGAAGCUCUGCGCAGACUGGAUGAGCACAUGCAGAGAACAGCGUGGGUGUGCAAGUUUGAAAAACCACAGACAUCCCCCAAUUCCAUUAUCCCCAGCACCACCGUCCUGAGCCCCUAUGUCCGAUUCGGCUGCUUGUCUGCACGCACCUUCUGGUGGAGGCUCACAGAAGUGUAUAGAGGGAAGCAGCACUCUAAACCUCCAGUCUCCCUGCAUGGGCAGUUGCUGUGGAGAGAGUUCUUCUACACCACUGCCAUCGGGAUCCCAAACUUCAACAGAAUGGAGGGCAACCCUCACUGUGUGCAAGUGGACUGGGACAACAAUCCCGAGCACCUGGCUGCAUGGAGAGAGGCUCGGACCGGAUUCCCAUUCAUUGACGCCAUCAUGACACAAUUACGUCAAGAGGGCUGGAUACAUCAUCUCGCCCGGCAUGCGGUUGCCUGUUUUCUGACCCGAGGAGACUUGUGGAUAAGCUGGGAGGAGGGCCAAAAGGUUUUUGAGGAGCUGCUGCUGGAUGCUGAUUGGUUUCCGCUAAACGCAGGAAACUGGCAGUGGCUCUCAGCCAGCGCGUUCUUUCAACAGUAUUUCAGAGUGUACUCUCCUAUCGCCUUUGGAAAGAAAACCGACAAAUAUGGGGAUUACAUUAAGAAAUACCUUCCAGUGCUGAAGAAAUUCCCUACCGAGUACAUAUAUGAGCCCUGGAAGGCUCCUCGGAGCGUUCAGGAGAGAGCAGGGUGCAUUGUGGGAAAAGAUUACCCUCGUCCUAUUGUGGAGCAUGACAUUGUCCAUAAAAAGAAUAUUCAGAGAAUGAAAGCAGCAUAUGCAAAGCGCUCCUCCGAGGACAAAGAUGACAAAACCAUCACCAAAGGUGUAAAACGCAAAGCAACAUCUAUCCUGGAUAUGUUUGAGAAGAAGGCAAAGAGAUAAAGUUGUUCUCUCUCAUCCGAACUGUUUUUAUACUGUGUUCCUCUAUGGGUCCGUUUUGGUUUUCUAUCAUAUACGUGUGUGUGUGUGUGUGUGUGUG